ACGAGGUCGUUUGAGGUCGGAGGUGAUUGUAAUCGAAUUGAAUGGAAGCAGCGUCUCUCUCCUCGUGCCAUUGCUGUUCUUCUCCUUUCUGAUUUUCCAAUUCUCUAAUUUUGCGGGCAAUCGAUUUUAUGCUUUGGGUCAGUCCUUAAUGAUCACAUUCAGGCUUGAAUGAUGCCUUUUGAUUGGUUAUUUACAUAUUGUGAUUCAGAAUGUGGAACUUUGCGUCAAACUGUGUAGCUGGAAGUGUCGGGCUGAAACGAGAUUCUCCAAAGCCAACUCAUUCUGCAGAAUGUUCUGAUGAUGAGACUUCUAUUGUAGGCAGAGAGGAAGGGUUGGAAUGCCCAAUAUGCUGGGAAUCGUUCAAUAUUGUGGAAAAUGUGCCCUAUGUUUUAUGGUGUGGUCACACCCUUUGUAAAAAUUGUAUCCUCGGACUGCAAUGGGCUGUUGUGAAAUUUCCAACGCUGCCAGUUCAACUUCCACUAUUUAUCUCCUGCCCAUGGUGCAACCUUCUAUCUUUCCGUUUAGUUUAUCGUGGAAAUCUUAAAUACCCUCGCAAGAACUACUUUCUUCUUUGGAUGGUUGAGAGCAUGAAUGGUGAUAGAGUGAAAUCACAUUCAACUUUCUCUGCUGAUAAUCAACAACACUGGCCAGUCAAAGACAAUUUAACCAUGGGAAGCCAAGUAAGCCAUGGCAACCUUCGGAGGGGGCAAGUUCUCCAACCAGAUGCAUCACGUUCCAGCCAGUAUCAUGGUAAUACUGGUAAUUACCUCAGUAUGGAAAGACUUCAUAUAUCUCUUCGGAAGUCACUGGUUUUCUUUGUCCAGUUGACAGCUAAGUUCCCAUUGGUCAUUAUAUUUCUUUUGAUUGUCUUAUAUGCAAUACCAGCCAGUGCAAUCGUUUUAGCUCUGUAUAUACUUGUUACAAUUCUGUUUGCACUCCCAUCUUUUCUCAUCUUGUACUUCUCAUAUCCGAGUUUGGAUUGGCUUGUCAGGGAAAUCAUCACUUGAGAUGGGGAACUAGUAUAGACUCCAACUUUGUAAGCAUUAAGACUAUAAGUUUGCUUCACCUAAUGGCCCUCUUUAUCCAAUAUCUUGUAUUUUUUAUUAGCCAACUUCUUACCUUUACAAGCUGUGUCAUUUUUCUUCCCAUAUAGAGCCCCACUCAAUUUCAGUAUACUUGAAAUAUUGAUUUUAGCUCUGGUAGAGCUUGGCUAGCUGGUAGGUGUGGCGUCAGUUUUUGGCAUUAAUAGUGUUCAUGUCAACCACGGCUGUGGAAUAGGGUAAUUGAAAUGCUUGUGUCUUUUCCUGGUGGCAAAUAUUUGCAUUAUCAACAUCAGGUUUUGUUUUGUAUGGAGACAUGGAUGUUCCUUUCAAUACAGCUUAUAAUUUUAUGCUUGUAAAUUGUGUAUAUAAUAGUUGAGUUGUUUGUCUGGCUACGUUUGGAAGUACUAUCUGCUUGAUUUUGAAAUUAGUGAUACAAUUAAUA